AAAUAAACAGCUAUUAUCCUACGUAGCCUUUAUCAUAUUAACACUUAUUAGGGAUUCGUAUGAUCGAACUAGAGGAUUCAUGGGUGGUUGAGUUGACGCAUAAUUUAGCUUGGAAAAAGAUCACCGUUUUGUUUUUCUUUAGUUUGUAAUAGGGGCUCUUUUGAGGACUGUCAGUUUGUUAGUGAAACCUGGUAAUCAUUGCCACCGGGUCAUGUUGUUGGAACUUUUCUUUGAUCUGCUUUUUUUUUCUAGAUUUCCUGCAAAGUAUUCGUUUUCUUGCUGGUGAUGUCUGACUUGGGGGUCGUGAAGCCGAACCAUGUGUUCGGGGAUGGUUCUUUUAUGUAGUCUGUCAUGUUAUAUACAGUGGGUAUCGUGUCUCUGAAAUGGUAACUUGUUAUUGUUGACUACCUGAUCUUUUUGGUUUAAUGGCACGUACUAUCCAUAGAAAGGAUGACAUGCUAAUCAACCAAUAUUAUAUUGCAUUUGAAUUUCCAAGUUUGCAGGAUGGAUGCUUAGUUUACUUCAUGAGUUCUCUCAGAAGUCCAAGAACAACCAAAGAUUCAGAUGGAACUUAUCAGGCUGUACCUUUUUCAUAUGGAAAUACUGCGAAUGCAGUUGACUCGAAGAACUCCGAUUCAGGACUCACUAAUUCUUGUUACCGUCCACCUUUUCUGAUCCCCGAAAGAUUACAGUGUAACCUGCCUCCUACAGAAAAAUUACAUCAGAUCAUUGCAAGAACAGCAACGUUUGUAAGUCAGCAUGGAGGACAAUCAGAGAUUGUCUUGCGGGUGAAACAGGGUGACAAUCCAACUUUUGGGUUCUUGAUGCCAGAUCAUCAUCUUCAUGAGUAUUUUCGAUUUCUUGUUGAACAUCCUCAACUUCUGAAAAGUGAUACAAGCACUACCAAAGCACAAGAAGAGGAAAAUUUGGAAGAGAAGAAGGACAAGAUGCUUGCUUCUGAUAGUGGGGCUUUGUCAUUGCUCGGAUCUUUCUAUGGAACCGCAGAGGAUGAUGAUGGCUCACAUGAAGCUGACACAGAGGUUCUAGGCUCUGUCUAUACCAGCAUCGCAGAUAUUGCAGCAGUUCCUCAAAAGGCAGAACAACCCUAUAUGGCUUUGGAAGGGAAAGGAGAAAUUAAGAGUCUAGCUGCCCCUGUUGUUUCUAAAGACAAAACUGUUUCUAUAAAAAGGAAGCUGCCUGCGAAAUCUACUUUGGUUAAUGGUCCAUAUGGCAAGAAUGCAAGAGAUGGCAACCCAAUCCUUCCUGGUUUGGUUGAGCAGCCACGAAGUUCUGUGUCUGGCAGAUCAGAUGUCAAAUCAGUGCUGUUGGAGCCUCCAUCUUUCUUAAAAAGAAUGAUAGACAAAAUAGUUGAAUUCAUACUUAGAAAUGGGAAGGAAUUUGAGGCAGUUCUUAUUGAACAAGAUAAGACAGUAGGCAGAUUUCCAUUUCUUCUGCCAUCAAAUCAAUAUCAUCCUUACUACCUCAAGGUUCUUGAAGGUGCCCGUCAGGGUAAUACUGGUAGCAAGAAGAAAGUGCAAGCUGAUCUUACUAAAGAAUCUGCCCGGGACCACAACUCGUCAGACUUAUCAGAAGGAUGGUUGUAUGAUCCUCAUAGAAAGGAGAAAUUUAAGAUGGUAAUUGGUGCGCCAAAGAAGGAAAAGCAUGAUCAACAGCCGACACUCGCCCCUCAGGCUGGAGUGAGCGUAGAUGAAGCUGCUGCCAUUGUUCUGGCAGCUACAAGGGGUGUCAGUUCUGCUAAUGCUCAUCAGGAUAUUUCACGUCCUGAGUUGGCUGCAGGCCGCACUCACCGGGAGGCUACACAUGCUUCCAGCUUGGGGAGUUACUCCUUUUUACAAGGCCGGGAAUCUAUACCUAAACCUACUUCUAGCCAUGAAGAGGGUACUUCUUUGCCUUCAUCCAAUCAACAACUUAGCAAUAAAGGUUCCAACACGGAUGAUGAUGUAUGGAUUGCAAAGGCUAUUGCAAAAACUGCAGCCCUUGUUACCUCUUGCGAAGCUGACUCUUCAGAAGCUUCCUUAACAAAGGAACAAAAGCUCAAGGCUGAGAGGCUGAAACGAGCAAAGAUGUUUGCAGCUAUGAUAAAGAGUGGUGAUCCAUUAAGCAAAUUGACUGGUUCCAUCACUGCUCAAAAUUCAUCAUUGGAAAUUUCUGCCGCUGGUUCAUCUCGAUCUGGCGCAGGAUCAGAUCUUUUGGUCAAAGAACGAGAAGGAAGCUCUGUACCUUUCGAUGCUGAGGUUUCUGGUAGAUCUAAGUUUCAAGAGAGAGAGUCUGAUCAUGAUGUUAGUGAGGAAUAUAGCCAUAGGGAGAAACAUCAAUCGUGUUCUCGAGAUCUUAGAACUGAUGACAUGGUCGAAAGUCAUAAGCAGUCCAAAAAGAGGCAUCGGUCUGAACAUUCUAUAAACCAUAGAAGUGAUAAAAAACAUAGGAAGCAUCCUUCGUCUUCCAAGGACAAAGAAUCUCGGCAUCGUCAUAAGCACCACAGUUCCUCGGAAGACGAGAACGGGCAUAGAAAGCAUUCUAGGUCUCAUCGUCGUCAUAAGGAUGAAGGUACACCAGAAGAAAAGGAAAGGACAGGGUCCGAUGGACACAGGAAGAAGCAUCACCGGCGGUCUCAAAGGAACCAUGACACUGAUGAAGAGGUGAAUACAACAAUUUUGGAUCAGUCGGAAGUCCCUCAGAAAUCUAACCACCAAAAGGUCGUAAAUAUGCCAUCAGCUCCAACUGAUGCAGCAACUGAAGUAUCCAAAGAUCUAAGAGCAAAAAUCCGAGCUAUGCUAUUAGAAACCUUGUAGCUAUCCUGGAUGCAGUGCCAAAUGAGUAUAAAUGUGAUGAUGUUCUGAUUGAUGCAAACAUCUUUCAGGUGCAAUCUCUAUUUUCGCACAUUGCCCUAUUUACAAAGUUGAAUUUUCCUGAACUAUAUCAAAAAGACAAGACAUGAGGAACGGGUGAAAUCUGCUAAUUCGGGUGUCCAAACAAAGACUACAUCAAAUGAUUGCUUUGGUAUGAUGUUGUAAUCAUUAGAUCCUAGAUUAAUAGUUCUGAUUGCGAAUAGAUUACCCAGAUGGUCUUUUGAGGGAAGCAUGUUGCCUUCCACCAGAAUAGAGCAUAGCCGAGCAGAGGACGAAAAGGCAACGCAGAGAUCCCAUGUCCUCUGGAUCUCUCUCCCUUUCUCGCUCCCAUUUUAAGCCUAGCAAUUAGGAUGAUUAGAUCCUUAUUUUUAGUUCAUGAGUUUAUAAUAUAAUUAUAGAAUGUGCAAAGUUUGAUUCUUAUUGUGCAAUCAUUUGAUGUA